AUGAGAAAAGAGUGGGUACUAUGGGAUAAGUUAGUUUCAAGUGAGACAGGAUUGAGUUGGGAUUAUGCAAACAAUACUGUGGAUGCUUCAGACGAUUGGUGGGAGAAGAAGAUAUUGGAAAAUCCUUUAUAUGAGAAAUUCAGACAUAAAGGAUUACCAUUUGCCAAUGAAUUAACCGAGUUGUUCCAAGGUACUAUCGCUAAUGGACCUAGAGCAUGGGCACCUUCAAGUGGAGUUUUGCCUAACAUUUACAAUAGGAAUGAAGGUGAGGAUGAAGAGGUGUAUCGGCCUGAUAUGGCAAAUGAGGGUAUUAAUUUGGAGGAAGGUUCAGGAGAUAGUGAUGAGAUCUUAGGAACUACUGGAGUAAGCAGUGAAUUUAAUAGAGUAGUUCUAAAUGCUUCUCAAGGAACCUUAAGUGGAAGCAGUGGUAAGAGGAAGAGGGGCGAAAGCAGUAACGGUAGAAAGAAGAACAAGUUACCUAGUACAAGUCAAAUAGCAGAUGCAAUGAGUGUGAUAGCUCAGACAACAAAGGAAGAAUCUCAACAGGCCAAGGAAACAUCAAUUCCUAAAGUCAUGUCUAUAGUCAAACAAUGGGAAGAAGUUGCAACUGAUAAACAUUGGGUUUCAUGAUGCAUGUCACUCUUCAUGUCCCGAGAGGCUAGGGUGAUGUUUUUGACGAUGAAGGAUGAUAAAGAAAGCGUUUUGGAGUGGUUGAGAUAUGAAUGUUACAAAAAUGGUUGAUUAUUGGAGUUUUAAAACUUAUUAUGAGUAUAUGAUCUUACUUAAAAAGUAAUCUAACAUGUUUGUAUUAUAUUGUAGA